AUGGCCAGCUGGGAAAUCGGUACCCGGGCCUGGUUCCCUAACCAGGUCGACGGCUUUAUUCCUGGUGAACUGUCAGAGAGAAAGGCAACCGGCGAUGGGAAGAUUGCCCUGAUUUUCAACCUCGCCGAUGAAUCUCAGCACACCGUUGAGACCACUGAAGAUGCCUUGCAAGACACCCAAAGUGCCGCUCUCCCCCCUCUGAUGAAUCCUCCCAUGUUCGAAGCCGCCGAAGAUUUGACCAACCUCUCCCAUCUGAACGAACCUGCUAUCCUGCAGGCCAUCAAGCUUCGAUAUGCCCAGAAAGAAAUAUAUACCUACUCCGGCAUUGUCCUCAUUGCAACCAAUCCCUUUGCACGUGUCGACUCUCUCUAUGUCCCUCAAAUGGUUCAGGUCUAUGCAGGCAAACAAAGGGCUUCCCAAGCACCCCAUCUUUUUGCCAUUGCAGAAGAAGCAUACACAGACAUGUUACGGGAUUCGCGAAACCAGACCGUGGUCGUGUCUGGUGAGUCCGGUGCAGGCAAGACUGUCAGUGCCAAAUAUAUCAUGCGAUAUUUCGCGACUCGCGGAGCCCCUGGCCAGCCAUCAAAGGGUACAAAAGGCAGAGCUGAUGCUAUCAGUGAAACUGAGGAACAAAUCCUUGCAACCAACCCCGUCAUGGAAGCCUUUGGCAACGCGAAAACAACAAGAAACGACAAUUCGUCUCGUUUUGGAAAAUACAUUGAGAUCAUGUUUGAUAAGAACACCAGCAUCAUCGGUGCCCGCAUAAGAACAUAUUUACUGGAGCGAUCACGACUUGUCUUUCAGCCCUUGAAGGAAAGGAACUACCAUAUUUUCUACCAACUAGUGGCUGGUGCAACUGCUCAGGAGCGAGAAGACCUUGGUCUGCUCCGUGUCGAAGAGUUUGAUUACUUGAAUCAAGGCAACGACCCAGUGAUUGAUGGGGUGGAUGACGCCGCUGAGUAUGUUGCCACUAAGAAAUCCAUGACCACCAUCAACAUUGCGGAGGCUACUCAAAAGGAGAUCUUCCGCAUCCUGGCCGCGCUCUUGCAUAUUGGUAAUAUCAAAAUCACUGCCACGAGAACGGACUCCUCACUUUCAGCCACCGAACCCUCAUUAGUGCAGGCAUGCAAUAUGUUGGGCAUUGACCCUGCCAACUUCUCCAAGUGGACCGUCAAGAAACAACUCAUCACUCGCGGCGAAAGAAUCACUUCAAAUCUUACCCAGCAACAAGCAACUGUCGUGCGAGAUUCCGUGGCCAAAUUCAUCUAUUCAAGUCUUUUCGAUUGGCUCGUCGAGACAAUCAACCAUGACUUAGCCACUGAGGAAGUUUUACAACGACUGAAUACAUUUAUUGGUGUUCUGGAUAUUUACGGCUUUGAACACUUCGCCAAAAACUCAUUCGAACAGUUCUGUAUCAAUUAUGCCAAUGAGAAGCUUCAACAAGAAUUCAACCAGCACGUCUUCAAACUUGAACAAGAAGAAUACAUGCGUGAACAGAUUGAUUGGACGUUCAUUGACUUUUCCGACAAUCAACCUUGCAUUGACCUUAUCGAGGCGAAACUUGGUAUCCUAUCUCUCCUGGACGAAGAAUCUAGGCUUCCCAUGGGUUCGGAUGAACAAUUCGUUACUAAACUUCACCACCAUUUUGCUGCGGAUAAGCAAAAAUUUUACAAGAAACCCCGUUUCGGAAAAUCUGCUUUUACCGUGUGCCAUUAUGCUUUGGAUGUGACUUAUGAAUCCGACGGUUUCAUUGACAAGAAUCGAGAUACUGUGCCAGAUGAGCAGAUGGAGGUGCUUAAGAACUCCUCCAAUUCUUUCUUAGUACAGGUCUUGGAGGUCGCCUCAGCUGUGAGAGAGAAGGACUCCGCCCAAACAGCAUCAAAGACUGUUGCACCGGGCGGUGGUAGACGAGUUGGUGUGGCUGUUAACCGCAAGCCCACACUAGGAGGCAUCUUCAAGAGCUCCCUCAUUGAACUCAUGCAAACCAUCAACUCUACCGAUGCGCACUAUAUUCGUUGCAUCAAACCCAACGAAGCCAAAGCAUCUUGGAAAUUCGAAGGGCCUAUGGUCUUAAGUCAGCUGAGAGCCUGUGGUGUUCUUGAGACUGUCCGUAUCAGCACUGCUGGUUAUCCUACUCGUUGGACGUACGAAGAGUUCGCUCUGAGAUAUUAUAUGUUGUGCCAUUCGUCGGAGUGGACCACAGAAAUCCGCAAGAUGGCUCAGAACAUCUUGGUAAAGGCGCUAGGCGCAACAGCUCAUGAGAAGCGAGACAAGUACCAACUAGGUCUGACCAAGAUCUUUUUCCGAGCAGGUAUGCUGGCCUUUUUGGAGGACAAGCGGUCAGCUCGCCUGAAGCAAUGUGCCAUCAUGAUUCAAAAGAACUUGCGUGCAAAAUAUUGGCGCCACAGGUAUCUAGACGCGCGCCAGUCCAUAAUCGACGUUCAAUCUGCCACCCGUGCGUUCCUUGCCCGGCGAAGAGCAGAAGAGACCAAACAAACCAAGGCUGCUACAGAUAUCCAGAGAUUCUGGAGGGGCCAAAAGGAGCGGAGAAAGUACAACCGAGUCAGAGACGACCUCAUCCUUUUCGAGUCUGUUGCCAAGGGUUUUCUUUGCAGGAAGAAUAUCCUCGAAACCCGGGUUGGCAAUGCUGCAAUUACCAUACAACGAGCGUUCCGUUCCUGGAGAUCGCUACGUGCAUGGAGACAACACCGCAGGAAAGUCGUCAUUAUUCAAAACCUAUGGCGUGGCAAAGUUGCUAGGCGUGACUACAAGAAGGUUCGUGAGGAGGCUCGCGAUCUCAAGCAGAUUUCAUACAAGCUGGAGAACAAGGUUGUGGAGCUUACUCAAAAUCUCGGCGCAUUGAAACGAGAGAACAAGACUUUGGUCUCUCAACUGGAGAACUACGAAGGCCAAUUGAAAUCCUGGAGAUCCAGACACAAUGCCUUGGAAACACGGUCAAGAGAGUUGCAAACGGAAGCAAAUCAGGCCGGCAUUGUUGCAGCUCGUCUCAGUGCGCUCGAGGAAGAGCAUGCUAAGCUCCAAGCCAGCCAUGAUGAGCACAUGGGCAACGCAAAGAGAUUGCAAGAUGAGGACAGGAAACUUCGAGAGUCGUUGCAGAGCUCAAACAACGAACUUGAAAAACUCCGUCAAUCCGUCUCAACACAUGAGAAUGAGAGGGGCACAUUACGACAACAGAUCAAUGAGCUUCAAGAUCAACUCGAGAUCGCGAGAAGAGCACCGCCACCAGCACCAACCACCAACGGAGUCAAUGGCGAUUACGCCAGUGCCAACGGCAAUGGUCUGCCCCCUACUGGCCUCAUUAAUCUGGUCUCAUCCAAGAAACCUCUCAAGAGACGAAGUGCUGGUGCAGCUGAGCGAAGCGAGAUGGAUAGGUAUAGCGGUGCUUAUAAUGCACGACCCAUGUCAAUGGCUAUUGACAUGCAUACAAAGACUCUCUCUGGCUCUACCUUCAAUCCAGGUUUGGAUAGUGUUGAGAUGGAGCUUGAAAAUCUCCUUGCACAGGAGGAUGAGCUCAACGAGGAGGUCACCAUGGGUCUCAUCCGAGGCAUCAAGAUUCCUCAGCCUGGAGCCAAUCCUGCACCAACAGACAAGGAAGUUCUUUUCCCCUCAUAUCUCAUCAAUCUGGUGACUUCCGAGAUGUGGAACAACGGCUUCGUGAAGGAGUCCGAGCGGUUCCUUGCCAAUGUGAUGCAGUCGAUUCAACAAGAAGUCAUGCAACACGAUGGUGAUGAGGCUGUAAACCCCGGUGCUUUCUGGCUGUCCAAUGUCCACGAAAUGCUUUCCUUUGUCUUCCUAGCCGAAGACUGGUACGAGGCUCAGAAGACCGACAACUACGAAUAUGACAGACUGCUUGAGAUUGUCAAACACGAUCUCGAAAGUCUGGAAUUCAACAUCUAUCACACUUGGAUGAAGGUUUUGAAGAAGAAGCUUCACAAGAUGAUCGUUCCAGCUAUCAUUGAAUCUCAAUCGCUUCCUGGGUUUGUCACCAACGAAAGUAAUCGUUUCCUCGGAAAGCUGCUACCUUCGAACAACACUCCGGCAUAUAGCAUGGACAACCUCUUGAGCCUGCUGAACAAUGUUUUCAAGGCAAUGAAAGCAUACUACCUCGAGGAUUCCAUCAUUACACAAACAGUGACAGAACUACUCCGUCUGGUUGGUGUGACUGCCUUCAAUGACCUUCUCAUGCGCCGUAAUUUCCUUUCUUGGAAGAGAGGCUUGCAGAUCAACUAUAACAUUACACGAAUUGAGGAAUGGUGCAAGAGCCAUGAUAUGCCAGAAGGGACACUUCAACUGGAACAUCUCAUGCAAGCGACUAAACUUCUUCAACUCAAGAAGGCCACUCUGAAUGAUAUUGAGAUCAUCCAAGAUAUUUGCUGGAUGCUAUCCCCGAAUCAAAUCCAAAAACUCCUGAACCAAUAUCUCGUUGCGGAUUACGAACAACCCAUUAAUGGUGAGAUCAUGAAAGCAGUGGCGUCGAGGGUCACCGAAAAGAGUGAUGUUCUGCUUCUGGCCGCUGUGGAUAUGGAGGACAGUGGACCGUACGAAAUUGCUGAGCCCCGAGUCAUUACAGCACUUGAAACAUAUACUCCCUCAUGUAAGUAUUCGCCCACUUUGAUUCGUGCCAUCUGGAAAAUAGAUCACAACACUGACUUUGUCAAACAGGGCUUCAAACACCUCGACUCAAACGACUUGCAGAGAUUGUUUCUGCCCAAGCAAUGGCUCAGCAAGAACGGGGAGACAUCCCGGAAGGUGCUAUUAGUGAUUCCGAGGCUGUCUAACUAA